CAGCUAGAUUGAAAGCGCUCCUUUUUUUUGCUCUCAAGGGGCAGCAACAAUGAUCAUAUGGAGGUUUCUAUGAAUUUGUGGAGCUUAGUGGUACUAUUAGCUCUGGCUUUAUGGAAUAUGGGCAUGCUCUUCAUCUUUGCACAGUGGAGAUUCUUUCAAGCACGCUCUUGGGGAUCCAUUGGAACGUCGCAGGUGGAUGGGCGAUGAUCCUUGGUCAGCUUUAUCAUCAGUGCCGGUCAAAAGCGGAGAAAGACCACAGUCGUCGGGCGGAUAGAUGCAGACGGGAGUGGAAAGAAAAAAUAUAUGUAUUAUCGCUAAUUUAUAUGAUUUAUCCAAUGGGUAAGUGGCCCUAGCGAAGAACAGGGAUGUCUCUCGUCGAUCAGGAUGAGUUCCCAAGCUCAAGAAAAAGUUCAAGAAUUUCCAAACCAACUUGAUAACUGGUGCAAUCCCAGAUGAGAUUGGUCUACUCUGCCAACAUGGAACAUUUAACUGUCGCAUCGAAUAGAUUUUCUGGGCCUAUUCCAGGAACCAUGGGAAAUCUUACUCGACUGUUGACACUGAGUCUUGCUGUCAACAAUUUUUCAGGAUCUCUUCCGCAGGAAAUUGGUAACCUGUCUUCACUGACCGAGCUGUUAGUUCUUGAUGUUGGGCGAGACCAGAAUGUGGUUCUUAUGCCUUCCGUUAUGCAGGUAACAUGGAGAAAGCGCACUGAGAAAUCAUUUGCAAGAACCGCAGCAGUGGCGGAGCCGCCCGAGCUGACGAAGAAGAGGCUCUCGCGAGACGAGCGUGUGGCACUAGUCAAGUCAUUCGUGGAGAAGUGUUUGGACUCUACUGGUCUAGGCGGGGAGCUCCCACCAGCCUUAAGCAGUUUGCGAGGGCUCCAGACACUAAAUAUGUUUGACAGCAACUUCAAUGGCUCGAUACUAGACUUCCUUGCCAAUAUGUCUAGUUUUGAAAUUUUAGCCAUGUAUGGGAAUAAACUUUCUGGUCUGCUUGCUGCAUCUCUUGCCAAUCUUACAAACCUGAGAGAAUUAGAACGGGAGAAGUAUCAGCCGGAGGCUCAAUACCGCCUAGCUACAAUCUCUAACAAAGCUGCGAGUCGCCAGCCGUUUCUUUUAGCAGUUAGCAUUUACUUUGGCUGUUUUACCAGGACCUUAAGGAACUGUCAGCUAUCUGGUUUUAUACCUGACCUGGGCAAUCUUACCCAGCUCACACACUUGCAUUUGAGUUUCAACAAUCUGACUGGGACAAUUCCAGCGUACAUAUCAUCUUUUGAUCGUCUUAGCAGACUGAAUGCUACCAUUAUUGGCAAUCCGUUCUCAGUUAAUAGAACUCAAGGGUAUGGUUCUCUUCGUGUUCAACACCAUGUUUUCAUUGCAGACAAAAUGCGAAUACUGCUACGUGUUUACAUGAUAUAUCAAACUGCGGCAAUCACUUUGGAUGGGACAGAUUUUAACAUAGACAUGCCAAGUUCUUUGGAUGGGGACUACUAUUCCACAGGAGGAUGGGUAUCUAGCAGCUCUGGUUUUGCGGAAUCCUUUCAAGAUAACCGUCCUCUGAUAUCCGCAAUCCAAGUUCUACCUGGUAAGUGUUAG